AUGGCAUUUUUUGAUUAUCAAAGUAAUUUACUAGGACCAAUUGUGCUUCCACGUGUUCAUUUUCUACGUUUUGUUAUUACUGAACCACUUCCACUUGUGCUACUUCAUUUUGUACAACAGAUUGCGCCUCGUAUUCAUCAUCUAGUAUUCAAUGAACAUUAUUUAAGACAAGAAAUGGGUUGUGCAUCGUCACGUUCAAUCCCAAAUUUCGAUGCAAGAAUUCGAACAAAGGAUGGAAAGAAAUUUCGAAUCUCGUAUUAUGACUUGAUUCAUCACAUCUUACUGCUUCGUCGAGUGAUUGCUCAACCAGAACUAACACAAGAAGGAUCGACAUUGGAUUAUUUUAUUAAUGAUUAUUGUAAUCGAAUGGCACGACAAGCCAUGAACAAUGAACAUCAACAAUUGAAACUUCCAUUGGAAAUUGUAUGGAUUUGGCACGUCCAUCGUCUUCAUCCAUUAAUCUAUUACAACGAUUGUACUAAACAACUUCUAGGCAGAAAACUUGUCGAUAAAAAAGUUCGUCAAGUUCUACAAAAUCGUGAAAACAAACAUGAUGCAAAGAACUCAUUUUCAUCGAUAAAUAAUCAUUCAGCAUUCGUUCUAUCAAUCGAUUUGAAAAAAGCCGUCAUUUGUCAACGUGAUUUUCUUGAAAAAUUUCAAAAACAUUAUCUUUAUUCGUUCGACUUAAAAAAUAUGGAUCGUUCGAAUUUUUAA